GUCAACUGUGUGAGUGUGUCGUGUGAUGGUCGAGUGACGCGCCACGAUGCUGCCGCUCGGCCGGCUGCUGCUGACCGCGGCGCUGCUCGCGGCGACUUACAUGGCGAUGGCCGCGAAAAAUGUGCCGAUGACGCAAGUGGUGGCCGUGGCGGGCGAACCGGUGUACCUGCCGUGUGACAUCUCCACGCAGGACGAGGAGGAUGCUGUGCUACUCGUGCUGUGGUACAGGGAGGACUUGGGGACGCCCAUUUACAGCGUCGACGCCCGCGAGAGAGACUUCGGGGUAGCAGAGCGGUGGUCAGACGAGAGCGUCUUCGCGUCCAGGGCCUACUUCCUGCCAGAGAGGAGGCCGGCUGAACUGGGAGUGGACCGGGUCCGUGCCUCCGACCAGGGCGUGUACCGGUGCCGGGUCGACUUCAAACAGGCCCAGACGAGGAACUCGAGGGUCAACCUCACUGUCAUUGUGCCUCCAAACAAGAUGAUCAUCAUCGACGACAAGGGUGACGUCAAGCAGGCCAUCGUCGGGCCUUACAUCGAGGGCGACUCCUUUACGCUCAAAUGUGACGUCUCAGGAGGUCGUCCAAGGCCCUGGGUCAAAUGGUUCAGGGAUGAAAUUGAGACUGACACUCCUGCCUCCCCCCUUUCUGGAAAUGGAGUUCGGGGUAUCCUGAGGGUGGGGCCAUUGACCCGGGCUGACGUCAGAGCGGCCCUCACGUGUAGGGCCUCGAACCAUCCCCGAGCGCACCCUAUCGAGACCACACUUACUUUGGAUAUGAACUUUCCUCCCCUCACAGUGCACAUCCUCGGCUCAAACCAGCCUCUGUCAGCAAGUAGGAGGUACGACCUCCUCUGCCAGAGUUCAGGGUCGAGACCUCCCGCCUCCAUCACGUGGUGGAAGAACGGGCAUAGGAUCAACAACGCUAAGGAGACGCUAUCUACCGAUGGCAACACAACUACGUCGACGGUCUCCUUACAACUCACCAAAGCUGAUGCUGGAGCCAAGUUGGCGUGCAGAGCGUCCAACCCUCAGAUGCCGUCUGUGCCGGCGUUGGAAGACGACUGGACGUUGGAUAUUCAAUAUGUACCAGAAACAGUAGUGCGGUUAGGCACUAACUUAGACCGCACGAACAUCAGAGAGGGCACCGAUGUCUACUUCGACUGCAUCAUCAACGCACAUCCCUACGUUUACAAAGUGGAAUGGAGGCAUAAUGGCAAAACGCUGCUCCACAAUGUGGGACAAGGCGUGAUCAUCAGCAACCAGUCGCUGGUCCUCCAAGGAGUGGGCAGGAAGACGGCUGGCAACUACACGUGUGUGGGCUUCAACGCGGAGGGCGAUGGCGAGAGCAAGCCUUUCUCGCUGGAUGUACUUUAUGCCCCAACGUGUAGAAGCUCCCAGCAAAGAGUCCAUGGUGUGGCGAAGCAAGAACGAGCUCACAUCACUUGCCACGUCGAUGCAAACCCCCCAGAAGUUGUUUUCCGAUGGACCUUCAACAACACGGCGAACAGCAACGAAGUGAGCGACACAUACGUGUCCAGAACCGGCACCAGUUCCACUGUGACUUAUACUCCUCACACAGAGAUGGACUACGGGACCCUGCUGUGCUGGGCCCAUAACAGGAUAGGGAAGCAACGAGUGCCUUGUGUGUACCACAUCAUUGCCGCUGGUCGGCCAGAUCAAGUCCACAACUGCACGGUGGUGAACGCCUCUCUGACGUCGUUCGGGGUUCGAUGCUCCGAGGGAUUCAACGGGGGCAUGCCACAGUCCUUCCUUUUGGAAGUCCGAGAUAUUGUGACACAGGAGAUAGUGGCCAACGUAUCCAGUGCAGUGCCUCGGUUCACUGCAGUUGGCCUCCAACCAGGAAAAGUUUAUGCAGCUGCAGUUCUGGCGUAUAAUGCCAAAGGGAGAGGCGAUCCUUACCCUCUAAGGGCCACCACUCUGAGGCCUCCGGAGAAACACCACGUCCAUGAUAAGAGCUUAGACCUCCCAAGAACAGCCUUCCAAAUGUCGGGCGCCAUGUCAGCAGCGGUGGGAGGCGGUGGUGUGCUCAUGGUAGUACUAGUUCUCUUCAUGAUCGCUGUAAGACAGCGCUGUGCCAAGAGGAAGCCAAGGUCUGCCCCUCCACCGUCGUCUCAGCCAGCCUCGCCUGACAAACUGAGGGAGAAGGAUGAUAGUGAAAGCGAUGACAGAAACCCUGAUAUUAUACCGUCGGAUACUGAUCAGAUGCAGAUGGACUACUACCGGCAGCAGCAGGUGUCUACCAUCUCGCCGCCACCUGGCAGCAGGGGGCCUAGGGGCAGCGUGGCGGGGGUCAGGGGAGGCCUGCCGGGGUACUGUCCCCUGAGGACCGCGCCGCCACCCUCGCAUCCUAUGCACGAGCCUGUAAGUAUAACAGACUACUGGCAACUGAAGCCUUCAUUCCAGAACUCCACAUCGGGCAUCCCGCCGCCCGCGCGUUUCGCAAGCGGAUCGUGCACGCUCCCGCGCGGAUCCACCAUCGGCGCGGGAGACACCCGAUGCGGCAUCCCGCUCCAACAUCUACGUACGCUCCCCCGCCCGCUACCCGCGCCCGCGCCCGCGCCCCGCGCCGUCCGCGACACCCCCCGCGACACGCCCCUCUGACAGACAACGCAACUAUAGGACACGUGUACAUACAAAGACUAAAGUGCUCAACUUCGUAACCGCACUGUUAGGUAGAAAAUAAAAUACUCAUUUGUACAUUCCCAGUGUAAAUAGUUCGAUUAGCGGGUGAUUUUCCUUUUUCAGACGUAAACGGUUGUGAGAUAUGUAAAAACUAAACCAGUUAUGUAAAUUUUAGUACGAUUUUGAACAUUUGUGAGUCGAAGUGUUGAAUGAGAAUGAACUGUAAACACUUCCUAUUGUAAUAUAGUUGAAACUAAACUGAUAUUAAUAUAGUCAUUAUAACAUAAUCACUAACAUGUGAUAAUAUUAUUAUUGGGUGCCUCGAUAGUUUUGUUUCUGGUUUCCGAAAAGUACAAAAUAGACAAAUACUUGACUACUCGUGUACGUCUCUUGUGAUCCAACUCAUUUACUAAAGUCCGGUCGCCGAGCAGAUAGAAUUUCGUCGGCCGCAGUGAGUGUGUAAGAGCGACAGCAAUAUAAUUACACGCGAUAAGGAUGGGUAGC